AUUCUUUUCGAACCCUGUAUCACAGUCAGAAGAACUACGAUGUCGAAAUUUGUAAAAUUCACAAAACUUAGGUCUUCUACAGACCACACGUUCUGGGCAAAGUUUUCGGAAUUGAAAAUAGAUAAAUUCAAAUUAGAUGACAAGGCUGUGAUCAACUUAUGGGGAAGUUACAGCCUUCAGUCACUGAACGAGAACAAUACCAAUCCCUUGGUACUGGAUUUCACAUCGUUCAAUGAAGACAUUGAGACAAUUCAUCACAAAUCGUCGGUUGUUUGUUGUGGCAAAAUGAUUAAUAAGAAUACAUUUGAAGCAUUCAGACAAACCAAUCCUGAAGUAUUUAUUGAUUUCCUGGGAAAGGAGCUCAUGGAAAGUAUUGUAGAUGGAUCUAGCUUGCAAAAACCAUGGAAAUUGUCGUUAUUUUUAGUACUGGCUUACUCAGAUUUAAAGAAGUACAAAUUUCAUUAUUGGGUUGCUCAUCCUACUCCAUUAAAAUUGCCUGAAAUGUAUUACGAAGAGCCCCCGAAGUCAAUUAACGAAGAAUUUACAUUGACUCACGUGAAAGACCUAAGUGAAGGCUUUCUGCAACUGCAUGGUGGAUCAAAGAAUUAUUUUACAGUCUUAAUAUCUCGUGAAAAUAAUAUUACUGUCACCGACUUGGCAACUGGUGUGGACAUAAUUAAAACACAUAAAGUUUACGACGAAGAAUCACAGGAAUACAAAGAAAUUUAUUUUGCAUUCUACGAUCCUUGCACAAGCUUGGAACCAGGUUGGCUUUUACGUAAUCUCCUGUGCCUGCUGUUCUGGCAUUGUCCUACUCAUUGUUUCGCUAGAAUAAUCAAAGUUAUAUCUAUACGUGGAAACAAGGCACAGAAAAGUAUCGUUUUCAAACUGAAAGUUAAAGAGCACGAGGACAGUAAAGAAGUGAGAAAUGCUUUAUCGAGGAGUCCACUGGUUGGUUGGGAAAGUAAUACGAAUGGUAAAAUGGGCCCCAAUAUCGCUGAUUUAUCUGAUGCUAUGGAUCCAGCCAGGCUUUCUGACAGAGCUAUUAACUUAAAUUUAAAGUUAAUGAAAUGGCGUCUGGUGCCGAAUUUAGAUCUAGAGAAAAUCAGUAGUCUUAGGUGUCUUCUAUUAGGCGCUGGUACAUUGGGUUGUUCGGUGGCAAGAGUGCUUCUCGGCUGGGGUGUGAACGACAUAACAUUCGUCGAUAACUCGAACGUUUCUCAUAGCAACACUGUGAGGCAAAGUUUAUACAGUCAUCAGGACGCUGUGGAACACAAGCAGAAGGCUUACGCAGCCAGAGACGCGUUACUCAAUAUAAGACCGAGCAUAAACGCCCACGGUGUGGUACUACACAUUCCAAUGCCCGGACACGUUGUGGGCAAAAGCAUGAUGGAGUCGACGAGACAGUCCUUGGAGAAAUUGGAGGAACUCGUUAAAAACAGCGAUGUGGUGUUCUUCCUGUUAGAUUCUAGGGAAGCCAGAUGGUUGCCCACUGUUUUGUGCGCAGCUAUGAAUAAAAUUGCUAUUAAUGCAGCAUUGGGUUUCGAUUCUUUUACUGUACAGAGACACGGUACACGGACCUCUUCUGCUCCAUCCUCUCCAGACUUGGAGAUAAAGAAUCCUUGUGGCUUGGACCUGGGUUGUUACUUCUGUAACGAUGUAACGCAACCGGGAAAUUCUCAAACAGACAGAACCUUAGACCAACAGUGCACAGUGAGCAGACCAGGUUUGUCCCAAAUCGCUGCAGGUUUGGCAGUCGAAUUGCUGGUUGCUUUACUACAGCACCCGCAGAGUAUCGAGGCGGGAGCAUUGAUGGGCAACAACAGGGAGAACAUGAGCCCAAGCGAUACCGAAUUGGUCGGUCUGUUAGGAGGUGUGCCCCAUACGAUACGUGGAUCCCUGUGGAAUUACGAUACGCAACUAACGAUAACGCACAGAUUCACAUCCUGCACGGCGUGUUCGGCACCGGUUAUCGCGGAAUAUAAAAACCGUGGUCUAUCGUUUGUACUCGAUGCGUGUAACGUUCCGAAUUAUUUAGAGAAACUGUCGGGACUGGAAGAAAUACUGAAAAGGCCCGACUUGGACGAGCUUUGUUAUGCUUUGGAUAACUUGAGCGACGGCGACGACGAUGACGAUCAGUCGAAAAUCAUGUGUUAGGAACGAAAUUGUAUUGUUCACGGCAUUUCUUUUUUUUAAACGUCUUUGUUACGCAGUGCUGCUAAUAGAAAUAUUCGAU